CAAUGUUGAUCUUUCAUCCCGACUCCCCUCUCUUCAAGCGUUUAUAAGCCAAGCAGACGUCGCUCUUCCUCACCCACAAGCACAAGACAACCCAAUCCCGUUUGAUCGAUCCGAAGGCUAAUCAACAUGGCAGGGUGUGGCUCUCCCUGUGGAGCUUGCAAGUUCCUAAGGCGGAAGUGCCUCAGUGGCUGCGUCUUCGCCCCCCACUUCUGCCAUGAGAAGGGCGCGGCUCACUUCGCGGCAAUCCACAAGGUGUUCGGGGCGAGCAACGCGUCCAAGCUCCUCAUGCACCUCCCUCCCGCCGACCGAUCCGAGGCCGCCGUCACCAUCUCGUACGAGGCACAAGCGAGGCUUUUGGACCCCGUUUACGGCUGCGUCGCCCAAAUCUUUGCCCUCCAGCGACAAGUUGUUCUUCUGCAAGCUCAGCUAGCCUCUCUGAAAGCCCAAGCUCAAUUGGCACUUGGAAAUGGCACGACGUCGCCUGGAGAAGGGAUCGCGCCACCUGCUUACGCAUCAAUCUUCUCGACGAACGAUUGGCUUGCGGAUUGCAACAGCUGCCGGUCCUCUCACGACUGCAACUCCCAUUUUGCCAUGGUGGAGGACGAGGCCAUGGUGUUCAGGAUUCAGAGUGAGGAUGCUCCUCGUUCCAUCGCAUCUCUCGACGUGCAAGCUGGUCCUUGGAGGUCGUCAGCAUCAUCGUCAUCAUCAUCAUCAUAUACUGAUGUGGAGGGCCUUCUAUCUGUAGCUUUUGCUUAUCCUGGUCGUUCAUAAGAAUGAAGAUCCAUUAUUGGAUGCCU